CAUGUAUACCGUAUACCUAUAUAUGAUAUUAAUAAUUCUACCAGGAAGACACUAUGGGUAACUUCCUGACUCCAACUCGACGCUUUCAAUCAAACAUCGCAUCAUGCCUUUGUGCACGCUGUAUCUUGUUGAGCUUCAAGCAUCAUCUUCAAUCAGAUCCUUUGUCUCGUCACUAGAACAGAAACCGUUUCUAAUUGCACGACCACUUCGAUGGAUCAUUCGUCCUCACACUCAAACGGCUUCGCGUGACAUCUUACUAUCUCAUGCAUGGUCCGUUCUUGUCGUGAUACCUGGCUCAGCGUCCAGUCUCUCACAGGCGUCCAGUCAACACACAAAGACCUCAUGGCACAUCGUUGCUGGUAUUCCGAGCGCUGUACUUAAAUCGUUUGAGAGGGACAACUCUUCGCUCCUGAAACCAAAUAAAGAAGAUAUUGCCCAACUUACGGGCUCACUUGACAAGCCAAAGAUGGCGUCUGACUCUCAGAAUUUGGAGCUGAGCGACGACGUCCUCAAAUGGAUGAAAGAAUACAGCAAUGGGAAGCCAAGCGGAGGGGGUGCUGUCUCAAUGCUAAAUCUACUUGCCUUCAACCCCGGCAAAGACAUGCUUGAAUCGUAUAGGCAGUAUGGUCAGGCAUUCGCGAAAAGUGCGGGCAGCAGGCGUGGCGGAAAAGCCAAGAUCGUCGGAACUGUUGUUGCUGAUGAAGGAGCUGUCAAAGAUUGGGAUGAGGUUGCUAUAGCACACUACCCCUCUGCAUGGCAUUUCGCGGAUAUGGCAGCCAGUGAAGACUAUCAGGAGGCGAAUCAUCGCUACAGACUCCCUGCUUUGAGGGAUACAUGCAUCCUCGCAACGACAGAGAUCAGACUGGAGGAAGAAGGGAUUGGUUUGAGUAAAGACGCAAGCGCAAAGCUCUAGAGGGAUAGUAAAUCACGUUAUUCACUGUAUCUGAUGCCGUCUAUAAGCGCUAAAUUGCGCUCGUAGGCUUUAGCUACAUAUACAUAAGCUGAUUGCAUUAAAUGAACGAAUUCA